CAAACCCCAAUAUCACCACCACACCACACCACACCACACACCACACCUCUCAGAUCUCAUCUCAUACUCUCUCUCUCUCUAAAAUUCUCUCACUCUCUCUCUCUCUCUCUGUGGCCGGAAAUCUAGUGGAAAAAAGCUUUUGAUGCUGCGAUUUUCUCAGAAACCCUAAUCUUUGGUUUGAGUUCAUAAUUUGCUGGUAAAAUUUGGAGCUGAAGAAGUUGAUUCAACAUGCCGUGGACGCCAACUUGUGUGAAUUAUAGCAGGAAGUGUGUUCGCUUGGUGGUAUUCUUUCGUGUCAUACUGUAAUUGUUUUUUUUUGUUUCGGUCAACCAUUUUGAUUUGCAAAGGCUUUCUGUGACUUUACUGUUUACUAUAUAAGGUCAGUUGGUUAGGGUGAGAAUGUUCAUUGCCAUUACACUGAAGAGAUAUCGUGCAGUGAAGGAAGUUGGGAAGAUUAAAAUGAGUGUUGGGAUAAUUGCUUAUUACCAACUGAUGCAAGUUUGUCAGGCUGAGUAUUUCCGUCAGUUGCUCAAACCUGUUACGUAGUCUGGUGUAGUAAAAGCUGUGGGACAUUGGGACAGACUGCUCUCUGUUUGUGUUUGUUCAUAAGAAGGCAGUCGUAUCAGCUUAUGAAACCUUGAUUCAAAAAACAGCAAAUUUGGAUUAGACGGUUCUCUCGUACAGUGAUGGAAACUCGUUAAGUGUAUUGUUUAGUCUUCUCAUCUCCUUAGUAACUUUCAUUUAAUUGAAAAUUCCCAGUCUCAGUAACCACAAGUAUUUCCUUCGGUGAACUUAUUUGUUCAAAAGAACUACCCAUGCAGAGCGACCAGCAACUUUUCCCUCAAAAUCCUGUGUUUCCCCUUUCAAAUCAAGCGGGUGGUAAUUACAUGUAUAAUGCUCCCAAUGCAUCUGCCUUUGGUGGGACAGUUUUACCUACUGGUGUAAGGAACUCAAGGCCCUUCCAUGGUGUUGACUUUCAACCCUCUGAUGUCUGCCCUAAGAAUUUCAUUAUUUUCGAUCAGACUGAGAAAAGAAGCCAAAUUAUGUUCAAUCCAGCAAUUGCUCCCAAAUUCUGUUACCCUGGUUUAAAUAUGUAUACAUCUCACAUUCAUGACACUGUUGAGAGGGAAGCAAUUACCGAGAAAGAACAUUCCUCAUCAAUGGGAGAAGAUUCAGAUGAUAUCGAUGCAUUGUUGAGUUUGGAAGAGGAAGAAGAGGAAUAUUAUAACGAGGAAGAGAUCAGCACAGCACGGACAUGUGGAAAUUAUGAAAGCGAUUCCUCGGAUUCUUGCUCUAGUUACGGUUCAAAACCCAAAAAGAGCAGGUUGCCUUCUUUACAGAAGUCCGCUGGCAGCUGUAACAGUGAAAGGAAGCGUGAGAAAAUGAGGAAGAUGGUGAAGACACUUAGAGGAAUUGUUCCCGGUGCCAACCAAAUGAACACUGUCGCUGUUCUUGAUGAAGCUGUCAGGUACCUCAAGUCUCUCAAGGUAGAAGUGCAGAAAAUUGGAGUUGGAAACCUGUAGAAUUAAGCUUGAAUCUUUGCUGUGGUAACAAUGAUUGAACCUCCUAGUUUUACCAUUAGUGUAAGUUCAUCCUCUCUCUCUCUCUCUCUCUCUCUCUCUCUCUCUCUCUCUCUCUCUCUCUCUCUCUCUGUGAGCAGGUUGGCUGUACAAAAGGUGAUGAUGCUGGUCUUUCAAAUGCGCACAUGAUUAUGGCAGAGAUUCCAAAUGCUUCAGAAGCGGUGGUGUAGGUGCUUGACUUGGGGCGAAAAAAUAAAUUUCUAGCAGUAUGGUUGGUUGUUCUUGCUUUAUGUAGGAAGGGUAAUAUUUGAUGUGUAUUAUUAAUACUAUGUUCAACUCUGGCUGUUGUGUCUUGUUUUCACUGCUACUUUAUGGGUUUUAAAUUUAUUAUAAUGACUUAUUAUAUAAUAGAUGCCCUCUUAUCUGCCUUUA